UGGAAACCAAGGUGUCGUGUUGACGUCACGCGUUCCCGCCCGACACCAGCCUGCGCUGAGGGGUCGGUCGGCGCGCGUGCGGGAGAGGGAGCGCGCGCUUCCACCGCUGACAGACGCGCCGUGCUUUAAAUCUGACACGCAUUGCUGAGUGUUGUGCUGCACCAGGCUGGGAGAGGAGGUGCACCUGGCUGGGAGAGGAGGUGCACCUGGCUGGAAGAAGAGGUGAACCAGGCUGAGAGAGGAGGUGCACACCAACCUGCCACUUACACGCAACAGGAAGAAACAUGUGUGACCAGAAGUGGUGUUGUGUUAGUGAGGCGUGUGUCUGCAACGCUGAAUGUGCAAGAGUGAUUGCGUAUGUACACGAGUGUCUUUGUUUUUGAGUUAUCGUUUGUUUACAAGUGUUUUUGUUAAAAAGGAAAGCAUGUGUGUGUGCGCGCAUGUGCGUGCGUGUGUGUGUGUGUGACGGUGGUCACAAUGUAUCAAGAGGAUAUGAUUAACUGCACCAUCAGCCAUGAAAUCCACCAGUACGUCUUCUCAUCUGUGUACAUCCUCGUACUACUGGUGGGUGUUCCCUCCAACAUGUACUCAUUGUAUCACGCCGUGCUGCAGCUGAAUCAAAAGAAUGAGCUUGGUAUUUAUUUACUCAACCUCACCAUAUCUGAUCUACUCUACCUGGCUUCAUUACCUCUGUGGCUCCAGUACUUCUUUCAGGGCGAUGACUGGCGUCACAGGGAGUGGUUGUGUCAGCUCUGCGGCUUCUUGCUGUAUGAAAACAUCUACAUCAGCAUCGGCUUCCUCUGCUGCAUCAGCCUGGACAGAUACUUGGCUGUGGUCCAUCCAUUAAGAUUCACCUCUCUCCGCUCCAUGCGCGCUGCGUGGUGCGCCAGCAUCAUCAUCUGGCUGAAGGAGGUGGCCGUGGGUGUGGUUUUCUUCCGCCACAAAGAACUAAGCCGUGAUAAAACCAACCAGUCAGUGUGCUUUGAGCACUACCCGAUGCAGCCAUGGGAGUACCCGAUCAACUACUACCGAUUCAUUGUGGGAUUCCUGUUCCCGCUGGCUAUCCUCUUGAUCAGCUACCUGUGCGUCCUACGUGCGGUGGGCCGGAGCACGGGGACCCAGCCCGACCAGAAGACAAGGAUCAGACAGUUGGUCAGCAGCACUAUCCUCAUCUUUCUGGUUUGCUUCUCGCCAUACCACAUCUUCCUGUUAGUACGCACCCUGCUGGAGAGGGACUGCAACUUCAUUGCAGGUAUAUUUAACUACUACCACCUCUCCUUGCUGCUGACCAGUCUGAACUGCGUGGCCGACCCUGCUCUCUACUGCUUCGUCAGUGAAAGUGCCCGCCAUGGCCUGCAGAGAACAUUACUUCAGCCCGUGGCCAGGAUAAUCUGCUGUUGCUGCCGCCGGGGCAAUGCAAGCCCCACCCGCCCUAUCGCAGAUUCCCACGAGGUGGCGACGGAUGAGAAUAACGGCCGACCUUCUGUAACGCUACUCACGCACACCGGCACGCAUCCCAACACAUGUUCAAAUGUGCACUCCAGCAUACACUUGACGACAGACGCUGAUACGUACCCCAGCAAACACGGUGACGCACCGCAACACAUCACACCCCUCAACGCGCACCCCACUACAUGCCUUAAGAAACACACAGAGGGUUUGGGAAGUCCUAGAACGUUCUUUCCCUUGGUUGAAGCCAGACAAAACUCAGAAGUCUAAAUCGAGGCCAGAACGGGAUCUGCAGAACUCGUCCUUCUGCGGGCGUCAUCAGCUGUAAAUAUACAAAGUGCUUCAUAGCAGCAGGUAGAGACGGUAACACUUGACACGAGACUCCUCUGACCAGGGAUGACGAGGGACUCGGCAUAUGGGGGACAUAGUGCACUUUAAAGGCCCAUUCUGAAAAUGGCCCCCGAGAAGAACCGCAGACGGUUGUUUACAUUGUAAUCCAUUACCUUCGAGACGUUUUUCUGUCCUUUGGACUGAUAAUCUGAAGCCCCGUUACAGGGCAUGUGACAGCUGAGACAUGAUUUUGACGUUGUAAAAGGCCUGUUUACAUUUGCAUUGCCUGUAGAAAUUGGAGGAACACGGAGCUGUAAUUUGACUUUAGCUGGGAACUAAACUCGGAAGGGGUCGUUAUCCAUUACCCUGUGGUAACAACAUGUUACUUUACUCUGUCUAUACAUUAGACCAUUUUAACGAGUAUUAUCUGCUUCAUGUCACGUGUAUGUGUCGCCUACAGAUCUACUGUACCCAUCCCUCUCUGUUUUAAGAGGCUGAAGUAAACCUUCGCAGGAUGUUUCAGUCCACAACAUUUUUAUCUUUUGAAACACAGGGCCCAGGCCAUCAACCAUUGCUGUCCACCAUUGAUACCCAUUUCUGUCUGACUCGAGUGUAAAAGCCAAACGCCUUGUUGUGAUCUCUGGCACAUGACUCUGAAACCACCACUGUGGUGAAGACCGUGUCAAGGGAGACGAGCCUUCACCAAGUUAUAGGAAAAACCCCAUGUGAGCGAAACUACGUCGGCUGUAAUGGAGACUGAACAGAGAGCCAUUUGAUGUCAUUAUUGCAGGUUUUCCAUGGAAAAGACGUCAGAUGUGGCUCAUACAGGGCUACCCACUUCUGUUCAUCACUUGUGUUCACCCUACCUUACUUUGAUGACUGACUCAGCGGCCUGAAGUGUCAAAUUCAACCUACGUCCGUGAUGAACUGGCCAGCGUUCCACUGUACCACAGCUUGUAACUUAUGUAACAUAAAUCAUAGGAUAGCUUCAGCAAUAAUUUACAGUGUUAAGACUGAAUUUGUUCCAAAUUCAAACAAAUACAUAGACCUUCUUCAAGUCUUGAGCAAAAUUUGGAAAGAAAUACUAGCGGCUGACCUCGCAUGCCUCAAAUUUAACUUAGAAAGGUAACAUAUCUGAAAUAACAUCCAUCCAUUAUCCAAGCCGUUUAACCUAAUUAGGGUCACGGGAUGCUGGAGCCUAUCCCAGUACUCAUUGGGCAGCAGGCGGGGAGAAACCCUGGACAGGCCGCCAGUCCAUCACAGGGCCUGUGUUUAAAAAAACAACUGCCACAGCAAUAGAUGUGGCUAUAGCUGGAUAUGAAAAAAAUAAGGAAUGCAGUCUGUGUGGGGCGCUACUGUGUAAGCUUGGCUUUGAAUGACUUGAAUAUUAUUCUACAACGCACUAAAACAAUGAGGGGAAACAUUGACAAUAUCUUUUAUCAGUCACUUCAGAAAUGGUUUUCUGGGGAUAAUGUAUCAAACGUGUCACAGUGGAUUCCCACUGCCAUUUGAUACAUUAUGUCAGAAAUUGUUUUCUGAGAUAAUUUAUCAAAUGUACCACGGUGGGUUUCAAGUGUAUUGCACUUGAUACAUUAUCCCAGAAAUAGUUUUCUUGGAUACUGUAUCAAAUGUAUCACUGUGGGUUUCAAGUGUAUUGCACUUGAUACAUUAUCCCAGAAAUAGUUUUCUUGGAUACUGUAUCAAAUGUAUCACUGUGGGUUUCAAGUGUAUUGCACUUGAUACAUUAUCCCAGAAAUAGUUUUCUGGGAUACUGUAUCAAAUGUAUCACUGUGGGAUUCAAGUGUAUUGCACUUGAUACAUUAUCCCAGAAAUAGUUUUCUGGGAUACUGUAUCAAAUGUAUCACUGUGGGUUUCAAGUGUAUUGCACUUGAUACAUUAUCCCAGAAAUAGUUUUCUUGGAUACUGUAUCAAAUGCAUCACAGUGGGUUUCAAGUGUAUUACACUUGAUACAUUAUCUCAGAACUGUUUCUGGGAUAAUAUAUCAAAUCUAUCACGUGGGUUUCCACUGUGACGCAUUUGAUACGUUAUCCCAGAUAACAAAUCAAAUGUUACACUGCUGUAGGGACAAUUCUUCUAUCUCUAGAACAAGCAUGUGAUGUAGCAGUGGCUUCUGUGCUGCCGUGAUGUAUUUGUUCCAUGUGGCUGCUGUGAUAAAUACAAGCAGUCUUUUCAUUUUACUUGUUGAUAUUUGAACACACUUGUAAUAAAAUCAAGUUUAUAAAUGCUGUCGGUGCAGAACAGCAUUCAGGACCUCUGUUGACAUUAAGCUGUAGGGUUAUGGUUGACAUUUGUGUUACGUCUUUCUUUUGCUGGGAAGUACCAUUAUGGUCCAAACUUCUGAAGUUGCAGAGCAACAUGGUCAAAGGUUGUGCAGCUGUAAAAUGAUGUUUAAAACUUCCAUUGUUCCACAGACAAGAUGACAGUCAAAACCUGCAUUGAAAUGGAUCGACAACAUUGUCAAAGCACGACAUGUUUUGACAAUGACUUCAGGGGGGAUGAGGCUGUGUCAGUACGGCGACACUUCCCGGUUGAGUCUUUGGCGCAGUGAUCAAUGUGAUAGAAUUUAUUUUUUAAUAAAAAAUA